UAUUAUCUCGAAAUUGAUGAAGCAGAUCCGAAUGUGUGUCGGAGCUAUCCGGAUGUUGAGCGGGGGUCCCUGGAAGAUAUAUUGGAAGGACUUCUUAAAAUGCCAGGGAACAGGGAAUGUGCUGACUGCAAAAGCAAGAGCAAGUAGUGGGCACAUGUCAGUUACGGAUACUUCACAAAAUGAGACAUUGGAGGUUGGACCUGGGAAUUUGAAGAUGUCCUUUUCAUCAACAUUUGGACAACUGAAACAUAUGACGAAUUAUAGAACAGGGGUUAAAGAUUUGGAUGUGGAACUUGAAAGUACUAAGCAGAAAAGUAAACAAAACCUGCAACAAGCCAUCUUAAUUGAAAGGAAAGAGUUACUCAAAUGCAGUGGGAUAUGAAAGAACUUCGUAGGAAGUAUUUGGAGAUUGAGUCGAAGCUCAAGUUCGAACAGGUUCCUUUUUUGUAAUUCUUAUGAUAGGUUGAGUAAAGUGAAGUAUUGUUUAUUUAGAAAUAUAAAUGUGGGAUG